GCAUGCUAAGGUGGGAUUUGAUUCAGGAGCAGAAUGCAGUUGCUGAUAAAUCAUUAUGAGGAAUACCUAUAGGCGCCUGGGUGGUAUAACCGGUUGCGAGGGGCGGGCCGGGAGGUAUAUAUUAAGGGUCCGUCUCCAGCCCAGCUCCCUAUUAUCCUCAUAGUUCUGUCUAAGUUAGCGAAACGUCCCAACAUCCGCUGUUAAAAUCACGAACGAUGCCGCCCCCAAGAGGCUCAUACAACCCCAUAGAGGGCCCCGGUGACUACGAUACGACUACCGUGGUGCACGACGACAGCUACCCCGCUAUCGACCCUCUCAAGGCCAACUUCCAUGGAAAGGCAGUGCUGGUCACCGGCGCCAGCAGGGGCUUGGGCAGGGCGAUGAGCGUCUCGUUCGCCAAGGCCGGCGCGUCGAUGAUCGCCAUCGCCGCGCGGGGCGACCUCUCUACGACCGCCGAGGUGGUCAAGGCGGAGGCGGCCAAGGCGGGGAGGCCGGAGCCGAAGGUUCUGCCCCUCCAGUUCGACGUGUCCGACAUCAAAGGCGCCGAGCAAGCCGCCGCCAAGGUCAAGGAGGUCUUCGGUCGCAUGGACAUCGUGAUCAACAACGCCGGCGUCCUCGGCCAAGGCCUGGUCGCGGACACGGACCCCGAAGAGUGGUGGAAGAUUUGGCGGAUCAACCUCUUCGGCCCCUACCUGGUCGCGCGCGCCUUCAUCCCCUUGCUGCUCGAGGGGGGCGAGAAGACCAUCGUCAACGUGAGCAGCGUCGGGGCGCACUGCAUCGUGCCGGGGAUGAGCGCGUACCAGACUGCCAAGCUGGCGGUGCUGCGGCUUUCCGAAUUCAUCUCGGCCGAGUACGGCGACAAGGGCCUGCUGACAUACAACAUACACCCGGGCAACAUCAAGACGGAUCUGGUCGGGGGCGCGGCGUUGGAUGCUGAGUUCCUGAAAGUAUUUACCGAGACAGCUCAGCUCAGCGGAGACUCGCUAGUCUACCUGACAUCCGAGAAGCGGGAUUGGCUGGCCGGCCGAUAUAUCAACGUUACAUGGGAUCUGCCGGAGCUCGUGGCCAUGAAGGAGGACAUCGUGGAGAAGGACAAGCUCAAAGUGCGAAUAGUUCUGUAGACCGUCGUUCCAAGCCAUCCAGCCGUUUCUGGUGCUACUCCACGGCAAUCCCAUAUAUACCUACCACACCUACCUUAAUAAAAUCGCGUUUUCGUCGUACUAGGCACCUAUCCAGAAGCGGUUAAAACCAUCGUUCCCGCUCGACUUUUUCCUCUCCGUGUCGAUAGUUUGUAACCCGGGUACCUUUCCAAGAGUUCU